AUGGGGUUGCCCUCCAUCCACAGCAGGGACUUCAUUUCCGACCGUGGCCCCCAUGAGACCACAUUUAAUUUCCUGUCGGGGCAGCAGCUGAGGAGGAAGGAAAGGCCAAGGUGCUCAGCCAGGAUCCUGGGAGGUCAGCUGGCCGCCGGCACCUGUGAGAUCGUGACCCUGGACCGUGAUAGCAGCCAGCCGCGGAGGACGAUUGCCCGGCAGACGGCGCGCUGCGCAUGCAGAAAGGGACAGAUCGCGGGCACCACGAGGGCCCGGCCCGCCUGCGUGGACGCACGCAUCAUCAAGACGAAGCAGUGGUGUGACAUGCUCCCGUGCCUGGAGGGGGAGGGCUGUGACCUGCUCAUCAACCGCUCUGGCUGGACCUGCACGCAGCCCGGCGGGCGCAUCAAGACCACCACGGUCUCCUGACAAACGCCGCCCCAGGAGGGAGGGCCCCACAGUGGGCUGGGCUCCACGGAGAGGCCCCACAGCUGUCACCAUCCCUCAUCCACUGUGGAUGUGCCCUCCUGCACCCUCAGUCCCCCUCCCCCGAAGCCCCGGGGCCCACUCUGGACAGCACAGCGCUGGGCAUCCGAGCUCCCGCCCGUCUGGCCACCGCCGGGAGUCGGGAGAGACACGCAGGCCGGGAGCCGAGAGCCGAGUUAGCAAUACACAGCCCGACGGACACAGCUUGGCAAGAGUCUGCCGCAGCAGGAGCGAAGGGGCUGAGCCGAUGGCCAGGGGAGGCCGAGGUCCAGCCAGCCUCCCAGGUGCCCCGGCCGAUGGAAGGACACUCCGGCAUGAGCGCGGGCCUCCGGCCAAGCCCCAGACUGUCUGAAUUGCUUUUAUUUUCUUAUACUUUCAGUAUAUUCAAUAGACCAAAGAGAAAAAUCUAUUUUAGAGUGGGCACACCCCCACCACGGUCAGCGUCCCUCAGGGCCGGACAGUUGGGCGGGAGGGCGCAGGCAGGAGCCCUUGUCCCCAUGGCAGCAGGGGACGCCUGCCCCACGGACACUGCAGUGAGUGACCCUGCAGGGAGCUGCUGAAGGCCGGAGGACCCGUCCCCUGCGGACCCCAGGCAGAAUGUCUGCCCCAAGGAUGUCGUCCACAGCGCCCUUGGGCCCCGCCGCGGCCACCGUCUCCCGUGUGUUGGUUGGAUGGACUUGAUUGUACUAAAUCACCUUCUGUUUUAACCAGUUAAACACGCCUCUUCUACGACCCCAUUUUUGAUAGUCGGACACGCCAGCAAUGCCAAGAGCAUGCAGGGCCUCCUGUGCCCGCCCGACUCACCACUCUGCUCCAGAAACGCUCAUCACGGAAAGGAACGCAGCCCUUGUUUGAAAGAGAUCAUUAAAUGUAUUUUGCAAAGCCUAAAGUUAUAUAUUUAACAGUUUUUAUAUGUUGUAUAUUUGUAGAAAAUCCUAUUUAACAAUUAAUGUGGUAGCCCUGGCCAGUGGGAGAAGGGGGCGGGCUGGGUCCCCCGAGCCCCCGUGGCUUCAGCCGGGAGGACGGGGGUUGUGCGGGUGAGGACGGACCUAAGGGUGCUGGGCGCAUGGGGCUGGACUCUGGGAAGCACGUGGAGGGCCGGAACGCCGUGUCCAGUCAGCCUGUGGAGCCGAGUCCUGUGUCCCUGUGGGCACCUUGGCCCCUGGUGCCUGGCGGGUGCACAGUGAAGCUGGGCACGUCCUCAUGGCACCUCUUCCCAUGGCUCUGAUUGGCCAUCUCUCACCCUGUCCCAACCGCGCCGCCCAGGGGGCCCUGUCCCAGCCUUGGGGUGUCCGUUGCCCCUCGGCCCCGGAAGUCUGUUGUCCUGGAGCCCACUGUCGAGGGAAAGCAGGUGGCAGCAAAAGUGGGAGAAGCAGCACUUCCCGAAGGCAAGUGUGCCCACCCUCCCUGCCAGGCAGGGCCCUGAGGCCCCAAAGAGGGGGUGCCCUCUGGCCCUGCUCCCAAUCCUGGCCCCCUAGGCCCGGCCUCUCCAGCUCCCCGAGUUUUUGCCGAGUAAACUACCUAAGAGUCCAAUUAACAUGAGUAUUAUGCUAGUUCUAUGCUACUAAAAAACAGUAAAAAACAAAAACAAAAAAAAUAAUCAUCAUAAUAACUAUAUAGAUGCUGUUCCUGAACCGUAGCCUAAAGAUAGGAACAAAGACCCAUUUAUUUAAAACCCUCCCGGAACCAUGGAUACUUCCUGGCCAUCCAGCCACCACCCGCCGAGAGCCAGGUAAUUGUCCCCUGAGCAGAUGGGCUGAGGUGCACACUGUCUGCCACCACAGAGGAGGGGAGCAGGGGAAGGGGCUGCUCCCCAUGGCUACUGGUCAGACCCUGCCGUCCCGGGGGCCUGUGUGCUGGAGGGUAGGGCAGCCCCCUGCUCCAACAGGCACGUGAUUAGUCAGUGCCCUUCUCCCUCGCCGGGCUCUCUGCGAAGAGAGUGGACACCCUUGUGGGCUGAGACCGGAGAUUUCAGAUGUUACCGCAUUUUUUUUCUUGUUUUAAACAGUAUUCGAUUUUGUGUUGAUUCAGCUAAAUUAUGAAAAUAAAGAAAAAAAAAAUCCUUUGCUAA